AUGUCGUCGAGAAAGGCGGUGAAAACGGCGCUUAACGCAGGCCGCUACCCUCUAUACCUCUAUAAAAAUAUUUUGAGGUGGUUCUUUCUAAAGGAUCCUCUACCAAUAUCGGGUUUAGAUUGCACUAUGGACUUCCGGCUCAGGCCCGACUUAUGGGCGACACCUAUGUUCGAGACGAGUUCCGGAGGCACAAAACGGCGGCGCCAGAACACGUCAAAGUUUUCAUUGAAGAAUGGACGGUUGGUUCUUUUUCUCAUAUUUUUGAAAAUGAGGUAGAACUAGCUAAAGUUCUCAAAUAGAAAGGUUUAAAAAAACUGACGGUGAGUUUUCGCUCAGUCACAUUCAGUCAAUCUCACAUCUAAAAUCUUCAGAAUCUUCUCGGACUCUAGUUUUUUCAAGGAAUGAAGCUACAAAACGUAGACAUCGUGUUUAAGCUCGCGUUUCCAUAAGCUGAUCAACACAUCAAAAAUUAUUUUUUUUUUCCGAUUUUUAGAGAAAAGUAUGAUACUUUUUAUGUUAUUAUUAAAUUUGCAAUCCAAAUCUGUUCAGCCCGUUCACAAUAAAAAAAGUAGAAAGAUAUAAUAGAUGAGGUUUGCAGAACUACUGCGUGAUGCUUUCGAAGCAACUUUCCGGGAGCGGACUGAGACGGGGCGCUUUUGGGAAAGACCUCGAAGGGAAAAUUGACGACCUGGCCGACGAACAGAUUCAUCAACUACUGGAACUAAAAAUCGAGGCAGAAAAACACCUCGGCAGCGACUCGCAAUUCGUAAAGUCCUUAGAAGACCUAGGAAUUAUAAAAGAGUCUAAAAAAUGA